AUGACUGCGGUCGGAAAGCUCGUCCUUGUCACUGGUGCCAAUGGUUUCAUUGCCACUCACAUUUUGCAAACUCUUCUGCAAGGCGGAUACCAUGUACGAGGAGUCGUCAGAUCCCAAUCAUCAGCCGAUGCUGUUCUCAAGACAUUUCCUGAUAAUUCGGGAUCCCUCUCCGUAGUUGUCGUUCCUGACAUGACUAUCACGGGUGCUUUUGACGAGGCUGUCAAAGGCAUUGAUGCGGUUCUUCAUACCGCGAGUCCUUUCACGCUUAAUGUCAAUGACAAUGAGGCUGAGGUGCUGCUACCGGCAAUUAAGAUGACCCAAGGCCUUCUGGAAUCCGUUUCCACAUAUGGCGCAGAUGUCAAACGAGUGGUCAUUACAUCAUCUUUUGCUGCGAUGGUCGACCUCACAAAGGGGUUGUGGCCAGGCCACACUUAUAAUGAGGCAGACUGGAACCCAAUCACCUAUGAAGCUGCCAAAACCGCCGACGCCGGUACCGCCUACGUGGCAUCCAAGGCCUUGGCUGAGAAGGCUGCCUGGAAAUUCGUUCAGGAUCGGAAGCUGGAUUUCGACAUAACUGUCCUCUGCCCCCCGAUGGUGUUUGGCCCUCCCGCGCACCCCCUAUCCUUCUCGGCGUUGAACAUUGCCGCCUGGGACAUUAAUCGCUUCCUCUCCGGAGAGCUCCAAGACGUACCAAACACAGACUUCUGGGGCUUCGUCGACGUUCGGGAUCUUGCAAAGGCACAUAUCCGCGCUCUCGAAGUUCCCGAGGCCGGAAACGAGAGAUUUUUUAUCACUGCUGGGCGAUACAGCUAUCAGCAAACAGCCGAUGUACUGCGGGCAUCUUCCUCUAUCCCCGACGCUGAGAAGAAGAAAGUACCGCUCGGACAACCCGGGCAUAACUAUCCAGGGCCGAACGUUUAUGAACUCGACAAUUCCAAGUCGAUUCGCAUUUUGGGUGCCGAGUAUCGGUCAUUCGAGGAAUCUAUUCUUGAUUCUGCAGUUAAGUUGAUUGAACUGAGGCGCAAGGCACAGUUUUAG